AUGUCGACCGUAACCACCACCAAGUUAGACACUUCGCGUUCACUGCCUCCCACCGACUCCGAGAACGGUUCCCUUCGGGUUGCUGCAACCUUCAACUACUGGGCAACUGCUUCCCUCCCCACAAUCAACGAGAUCCAGGCCAUCUUCAGCGGUCGCUCUACUGAUACUCGUGCCGUACCAUGUAUCGUGCAUGAUCUCCGCGCUCACGACCUUUCACAAUACAAUCUCAAUGAACACGCCUUCGCUGUUCUCCGCCAUUCGUCCGCUCUGCUACCGCCACACUCUGCCACUGUCCCCUCUUUCCACGACAAUGAGCUUAUGACUUCGGCAUAUUGGCCCGAGCUUAUUAGCCUCCUGAAGUCGGCACUCGGCGUCCGUUCUGCAGUAGCAAUCAACACCACCGUCCGCGAUAUCCCCGCCUCCUCACCCAAGCAGCUCAAUCCCGAUAAUCCCCGCGCCGACCCCAAGGCCAGUUUCCACCCUUUCUUUGUAGUCCAUGGCGAUUAUACGCCUGCAGGUGCCAGGGGCCAUAUGCGAGCCAUGCUGCCAAGCUACUUUGAGGACAACUCAUGCCAAGAGAGCACGACCCCCGAGGAGAAAGCGAAGUUCUUCGCACUACGGCAGGAGAUCUUGAAUGCAGAAGACGCAGCAAUAGCCGCAGACGGAGUUAGAGAUCAAUGGGACUGGAGCGGGAGGAACUACAACGGCCCCCGCUGGGCCAUGUUGAGCGUCUGGCGGCCAUUGGAGACGGUGUUACGAGAUCCGCUGGCGAUCAUGGACCCUCGGACACUGUUCACGGGCAAACCUCAGGCUCAGACGUACGCGAAGUUUGAACGCAUGUACCGGGCCAGGCCGGGCUUCGAGCCGGAGUACAAGAGCGAGAACAUGCUCCCUAUCGCUCCGUCGGACGACGAAGAGCACUGGUGGUACUGGCUCAGCGAACAGAAGCCCGACGAGGUGUACACGCUGAAGCUGUUUGAUAGUGAGGCGCACCGUGAGGGAAGUCAGGUGGCAGAAUGUGUUGCGCACAGCGCGUUCAACUUGCCGGACCAGGACCAGCAGCCAUUGAGGCGCAGUGCCGAGGUGAGGGUCAUGGUCAUCUGGUAG